AUGACGGCCGACGAGAUUGUUACCGACCCUUUCCUGCGCUCCGUCCUCGUCAAGGCCGACGAAGCCCGGAAGCAAUGCCUCGUACUGCUCGACCUUCUCGACCAGCAUCCCCGAAGCCCCGGCUCGCCCACGCCCAAAGAGAUUGAGCUGGAGAUAUCGAAACAACAGCAGCUGCUGAAUGCGUACCUGAUGCAGACCCGGAAUCUGAAUCGGCGCGCCAUCUUCAGCACCCGACAAACCAAGCAGACGACCGCGGAGGCCAGGCACGAAAUCGAUACCCUGCACCUGCAACUGCAGAAUCUGUAUUACGAGCAGAGGCAUUUGAGGGGGGAGAUUGGUGCUUGUGAGGGCUAUGAUCACUCAUAUCAGCGGCUCCCUCUCCUCCCCGUUGAAGAGUUCGUUGAGAAAUUCCCCGAGCUUAGCGACGUCGACGAAAACGCUCUGAUGGUCGCACGUAUCGAGCACGAGCAUGCUGAGAGAGAGGAGUUGGAGAAGCAGCGGCAGGCUUUGUUGACGAAGAAGCAGGCCCUGAUAGCGGAGAAUAAGAAGCGGAAGGACGACCUCGCGAAGCUUGAUCGGGACUUGGAAAAGUUCAUUGAGGCUGCGGAACCUAUUGUGAAGAUAUUUGAGCAGGAAAAUUAG